UCUUCAAAUUCUGGGAUAUAUUGGAUAAAACCAAGACCAAGUCUGUUCUCGUUGUUCUCGACUGUGUAGCUCAGUUUUGUGUAAACUGGUGGCAAAUGUUAUGAUUCAUCAGAAUCGAUCAGACAUUCGCCUGGCAGCGAAAGAAGAUAAUAGAAAGUGCACGUGAAAGACAGUUAUUGAUGGUAUGAUGCUAUUGCUUUAUGGCCAACGGAUGCCCUGAUGCGUGAUCCUCAUACCAUCAAAAGCUUAUCCGCGGUUCCGGAGAGCACCCACGAUUGACAAUUUGAAUGAAAUGUAUCGAUUUUUCAUUGUCAUAUAAAGAGAGUUUACUGUUGAGGUGAAUGGCUAUUAACUGUGUGUGUGGUGUGUGUGUUUUGUGCGCGUGUUUGCGGAGCAGAUUGUGUGUAUUAUCGGUCCAUUAGCCUACGGGACCGUUUACAAUUUGCUUGCUUAAUGCGUGAAAAAUAGUGAACUACCGUUUUGUGAAUUAAUGGGAAAUGUAAUGGAAACCCCAUGCCGCUACGCAACAUCCCGAUCGUAUAGAAUUGUGUGUGGUGAUAAAAUCUCAUACGAAACAUGUAUCCUGUUGAAUCACACGCUAGUGAAAGGUUUUACUAGAAUGAAGUUUUUACCAAAGCCCAAUGUCGCCCGCAUCGAGCAUUUACAACAUGUCUCGUAUCAUAACGUGUUCUCGUGGUGGUUUUUCUAUGAAUGAGAAAUGUUUAUAAUUUAUAAAGGUUGAAGCAAAACUCAUUUACUUUCAAUCGGAUUCCAGCGGUGAAUCAAACAUUCCAAUACUACCGCUUUUUUGCACCACGUUGGAAACCACACUGGAAGGUCAUGUACCGACCAAUCGGAAUGGGCCCGACAUGGGUACCGCAACAUAAUUUCAUCAAUGUUUCAUUGUUUUAGAUUCACUUUCGAUUACUCUAUUGUCCAUAACGUUGAUUCCGUUUGUGCUUGCUUUUUUUUCUACGACUGGGAAGGAAAGAUUCACGUCCGGGUGUCUCAUGAUCAUUGCGGGUGGCAUGAUGAGUGCGAGAGUUCGGUAUCUCUCGCGUGUAUGAUGGAAGUUCACUCCGUUGACAGCAUUCCAGCGAAGCCAAAACAUGGUUAAUUUUUGAUGCCGUUUACUUUUCCACACAGUGGAUUAGAUCACGCAUCGUGGCGGUGCUUGAGAGUGCCGCCAUUCUUAAAACAAAUCCGCUCUUGGAUGUACUACUAAUACUAAUACUCAUACACUAAUGUUGCUGAAUCAUCGGACUUUUGUCCCCGAUGGGUAAAGCUGUUUUUUUGUUCUCUGUUGUUCUCCAUUUUUCCACUUUGUUUACUUUGAAGUAUUCAUCCAGACGCGAAGGUCCAAGCGAAUGUAAAGCUCGUUCGUGUUUGACCUCUGUUUUCCUAUCUCCUCUCUCCCGCCAAACUGACCGGAAAAUUCCAACCCCAUUUUCCCGGGGUUAGGUAUCCCUUAAUGUGACCGCGCGGGCUUAAUCAGACUUGAUGGUUUGUUUUGACAGAAUAAUGUCACUUUCAUUGAGUUAUAAUUGUGUUUACUCCGAGCGAGCUAAACACGUAAAAGACAAGCUCGUCUAAGUGGUUCGGCGGGUGAGGUGCGACGAUCAAAAGGGUUUGCAACUCCGGUUCCAACUGGGUAUCGUGUCCGUGAAGCGUGCCCUCUGUGUGUUUCACGCGUGUACUUCAAACCUUCGGAUAUAGAUAAACAAUUAUUACAUGCCUGGUGCCUGGUAGACGUUUAUUUUCCUCUUCCAUGAAGUAUGUUUUACCUAAAUCUCAAUAUACCCCAGUUCUAGUAGUAUCACAAACACUCAACUCAACUAACAAAAGGAUAAUAUAUUUGGGUAAAACAAUACAAUAAAAUAGUGAAAAUACCACAGCAACAGGCUGAAUGUGAACAUGCAUUCGUGUAGGAACGUUGAUACACUUAAAAUUACUAACAGUAGUGUAGCGUGGCGAUAAAGAUCAGUGCGACUAGAGAAUUGGUUCAUCACUUCCAUCAAUGUUACGUCCGUGAGACCACGGGUACAGCUGCAUCUAAUUGAUUCCGUAAAACCUUUUGCACAACAACAAUUAACUCGAAUGGAUAAUGGGUAUUUGUCUAGAUACAGAAAAAAACAACACUGCGUCCGAUAUAGAGGACCCAGACUGGAAAGGCGGAGGACCGAGCACGCGUUCCGCCGUGGUACGCACCCCGAAAAGUGCCAUAACCGGGAUGCAGAACACCGGCAAGGUGAAGUUCGAUCCACCGAAAGUGCCCGUCAUAUUCGUGCUAGGUGGCCCCGGUAGUGGUAAAGUAACGCACUGCGAUACUCUGAUGCAGGAGCGCCGCGGUGUUACGCACAUCAACAUGAUGGACCUGCUGCAACAGUACGCCAUCGGGAAUGAUAUGCAAGACUUCUCCCAGCUUUCCUCGCGCACGGUCACCGAGGUACUGAUGCUGGAAAUGAAAAUGUCACCAGCUGCCAAAACUUACCUUGUAUCCGGAUAUCCACGAUCGAUGCGGGACGUCGUCGAGUACUCGGAAAAGAUCCAGGUAAUCAACGGUGUGAUACUGAUAUCCUGGCGUCAGGCAAUACUACAGAAGCAGAUCGAUUACGGUGCCAAGCUGGGUCACGUGGUACUUUCGUUGGCCAAGAUGGAGCUGGAAAACUUUUUCAAGAACGUUAUGCCCGUUGCAGACUAUUUCGAUCAGAGCGAUAUGCUGAUCGCGAUAAACGGUGAGCGAUCGCCAUCGGAGGUGUACAAAGACUUUCGCACCGCCGUACUAGACAUACUCGGUGCGCAAGAAAAUCAGGAAGCACUGUUAAACGGAGUCGCAGGUAUGGGCAGGGGCGUAGAUGACAUACCCGGCAGUAUAGUUAGUGUAGACACGGCACCUAGUCAACCUAAGGUCAUUGCAGCUCCCGCACAUCAAGUAGAAUUAAAUCAUACUCGCACGCCUCCGCCCCCAGCAAACGGUGCCCGACCGGCGAAUGCGGCCGACCAGAUGACGCGUCCCACCUCGCACGGGUUGCUGCAUCGUCAACAGUCACGUUCCAGCCUGCACCAGACAACCGGCGAGACGGCUACCGUCGGUGGGUACAGUGAGGCAUCGCCCGAACGUUUCCGGCACCGCGGAUCAAUGCCACCACCCGUGAUCUGGGUGAUUGGAGGUCCUGGUAGUAAUAAAGCUACGCUGUGCCUAAAGACGGUCGGGAUUAAUCCCGGCUGGGGUCAUUUCAGUGUGGGGCGAUCGUUGCGAUCGGUUGCUGAAUCAGGCCCACGGGUGGGGUCGGAUAACUAUGCGGUGAAGGAAGCGAUAACGGCAGGUGAGAUGGUACCGAAGAAAUCAUUGGACGCACUAAUCCAGGGUCAGCUGAUGCAGCUAGCCGACAAGCGAGGAGUUAUCAUUGAUGGGUAUCCCCGGGAUAUGGAGCAGGUCGCUGAUUUCGAACGGAAGUACAAUCAAAAGCCUCCAAUAAUUUUGCUCGACUGCUCGAAGUUGCAGCUGGGUCGCGGUCGACUGGAUGACACCGUGUCUUCAUUUCGCCGUCGAUUAGAGCUGUUCCGGGAGCUAACGCUUCCGAUGCUCAAAGAGAUGGAUACCGCGGGUCGGCUCACCAUCGUUGACGGUGACACGGACAGUCCAUCGGUACAGCGCGAGUUCGAGCGGAUCGUACGCGUCAACAUGGAGCGGGUGUUGAACUCCGGCCUCGCACAAACCGACCUCGACCAGAACGAUGACAUUCCAGCGGUGCAGAUAGGCACUUUCAAGACUGUGUUGCAGCGGGCGCAGCGCAACAGUAUGGAUGCGAUCGUCCAAGAUCUCGACACGGAAAUGCCGGGCGCCGUACCAACGAUAAGCCAUCAUGUUAGUCUAGCUAACGGGCAUCUGCCGGGAAGUGGUAAGGUGGGCCCGGCCAAGAACGGGCACGUCCCGAACGGGCGUCCUAAUUUCCGCAACAUGCUGGAGGAAGCGGACACCUAUCCGAUAGAUUCGCACAUUUAAGUACGUGCGUUAGCAAGAUGGCGGACAGCAAAGUAAAGACAUCAGUUACAGCAAUAAGUACAAAAGUCUGCGCCUCGCCAUUUUGGUUAGGGGGGUUGUAUGGAUGAGCAAUUUACAUGUUAAAAACAGCGCUUUAAAAGCCGAUCGUAUCUCAAUGAAAUAGGAAACACGCUCGAUAUGGAGCAGUGUUUGAUAGCUUUAAAAAUGAGAAACGGUCCACAAAAACUGCAGGAUUAAGAAAAUGAAAGGUCGGUAUCUUAUCUUGGCAUUGUGCCAAAUAAACAAGCAUAAGAGUUAAACCAAGAACAAAACGUUACAGUACAGGUAGGUAAGGAAUAGAAAGGACGAUGAAGGGAACGAUAGGUUCUGAACCUUUAUUUCCGUUCUGGAGCAAGCAGGAACUGGUUGAUAGACGGUAGGUCUCACGUUUUUAGUAACAUCAUACUGAAUAGAGAAUACUACACUACUGUGUUUUGUUUUGUAUUUUUUUCUAAACAAUAAUCAGUACAUUUUGAACGUUUGAAUAGGACAAACAGCAUUUGUUUACUGCAUGCCAUUAUAGUAUGGAAUAAUAAAAACAAAUCUUCUAGCCCUUUUCGUUAGAAAUGACAGUAUUAAAGUGUGUUGUUUUGUGCGGCGCAAUUGGUAGUCAUACAUCUGUUUGGUAAGUU